UGUCUGACAUUCGUUGAUGAUUUUUAAUUAAAAAAAAGAAAUAUAAAUUUUUAUAACCUUAGCACGUUUGUGUAUAUUGAUAAUUUAUUAUUUUAUUUAAAUAAAUUAUUGAAAUAAUGGUUUCUGUAUUAAAUAGUGUUGAUACAUGUCAUGAGGAUAUGAUACAUGAUGCUGAAAUGGAUUAUUAUGGAUUGCGUUUAGCAACAUGUUCAAGUGACAAUUCAGUCAAAGUAUUUGAUUUAAAAAAUGGCUCACAGAGUCUUGUUGCUGAUUUAAAAGGACAUGGUGGUCCAGUAUGGCAAGUUGCAUGGGCACAUCCAAAAUUUGGUAACAUUAUUGCAUCUUGCAGUUACGACAGGAAAGUAAUAAUAUGGAAAGAACUUGGUGAAUGGACAAAAUGGUAUGAAUACUCUAGUCAUGAUUCAUCAGUCAAUUCAGUAGCAUGGGCACCACAUGAGCUGGGUUUAAUAUUAGCAUGUGGAAGUUCAGAUGGUUCAAUAUCAAUUAUAACAAAUAAUGGUGACACUUGGGAUUCACAAAAAAUACAAAGUGCCCAUUCAAUUGGUUGUAAUGCUGUUAGUUGGUGUCCAAUUGUUGAGCCAUCAUUUGAUGCAAUAUCAAAUCAACGUGGCGGUCCAGUUAAACGUUUAGCAACUGGUGGUUGUGAUAAUUUGGUUAAAAUAUGGAGAGAAGAUGGUGACAGAUGGAUUGAAGAAAAUAAAUUGGAGGCACACAGUGAUUGGGUCAGAGAUGUUGCAUGGGCACCAGCAGUUGGUCCACCACGUGCUGCACUUGCAUCAUGUUCACAAGAUCGUCGUGUUGUUAUAUGGACAUCAAAUGAUUAUUCAAGCUGGACACCAAAUAUAUUAAAUGUAUUUGAUGAUGUUAUUUGGAAUGUAAGCUGGUCAUUGACUGGUGGAAUCUUAGCAGUUAGUGGUGGUGAUAAUAAAGUAUCAUUGUGGCGUGAAAAUUCAGAAGGACAAUGGACAUGUAUUUCUGAAUUAAAUAAAGGACAAGAUAAUGCCAAUUCAAAUAAUGCUGAUCAACGAAAUUUGUAAUUAUUAAAACCAACAAACAAACAACAAGAAUGAAAAUAAAAAAAAAGUUAUUUGGGUUAAUAAUAAAUGUAGCAUACUUAAUAUAAUAAUUAUAAAAAAAAUUUUUUAAAUAUACAAAUUUGUCAAAACA